ACAUAACCGAAUUGAACAGAAUAGUGUAGCGUGUCAAAUUAACUUGUUAUGAUCAACAGAUAAUAGAAAGUGUUUUAUACCGGCACGGCUCAUUUUGAUAACAGCGGGGCUCAUCCGAGGAUGGUUCUACAAGAGGCUGGCGACGAUGUUCGGGCGAGCGCGCACGAGCGCUCUGGGUUCGUAGACCUCUUGGGAACUGCCGCGCCGGUAAACUCGUGCUGUCAACGCACGGAAACUGAAACACAGCACACGGGAGAUGACGAUGGCUGGCCACCGGUAACAGUAAAAAGACAUCGGCACAAACACAGUUUGAAACGGCGAUUUGAAAUUCUGGAGACGCUUGGCAAGGGCGCGUAUGGAACGGUGAAGAAAGCAGUGGAGAGACGGAGCGGGAAAACGGUAGCUAUUAAGUCCAUAAAGAAGGAGUGUCUUAGCGAUGAAUUGGACAGAACCCACAUCCAGAGGGAGAUUGAGAUUGUGUCUCAACUCAGUCACCCAAAUAUUAUCCAAAUGCAUGAAGUGUUUGAAUGCCGUGACAAGAUUGUGAUAGUGAUGGAGUAUGCCAGUGGAGGGGAGCUGUAUGACUAUGUCCAGCAGAAACAGAGACUGACUGAGACAGAGGCCAGAAACCUCUUCAGACAGAUCACAUCCGCAGUGCACUACUGCCACAAGAGUGGUGUGGUUCAUCGAGACCUCAAACUAGAAAAUAUUCUACUGGACCACAGCCUGAAUGUAAAGCUGGCUGACUUUGGCCUGUCAAACCACUACGAGAGAGGGAGGAUGCUGGAAACCUUCUGUGGCAGUCCCCUCUACGCCUCACCUGAGAUUAUCAAUGGACACCCCUACCAAGGCCCAGAGGUGGACUGCUGGGCUCUGGGUGUGCUGCUCUACGCCAUGGUCCAUGGAUCAAUGCCGUUUGAUGGGGCAAGCUACAAUGGCCUCAGACACCAGAUCAGACAGGGACACUACCGGAGACCUCAGCCUCCAUCAGAUGCCUGUGCCCUGAUUGGCUGGAUGCUAACGGUGAGGGUGGAGGACAGGGCAACUGUGGAGGAUGUAGCCAAUCACUGGUGGGUGAACUGUGGCUUUGACAUGUCUGUUUGUGACUGUCCAUCUGCCAUGUCCAUACAUGUGCAGCCAAGCAAGAGGCCCCAAGUGGAAGAUGACAGUGCCUCACCCUCUGCUAAUGGUCAAACCAGGUCCAAACGCCUACUGUCCGAUCCUCACAUGAGGCUCUCCUUCCCCCCAAAACAGCCAACUGAAGAGCCUCUCUACUCCUCACUACCACAUGGAGGCUUACCGUGUGCAUUUCUGUUCUGUGGGGCAAGAAAGCUGACCUUGUCUGAGAACUUGAAGGAAUUCAGUAGGUAG